AUGCUUGCAAAGGAGGAGGCUCACUUCCUGAGGGGUUGGAUUGAAGUUCCCGAACACCUGCUCAACAUGAUCAAGCCAGGUGUCGGGUUUGUUAUCGUUUCAAGCCCUAAUGAGGCCGCCCAUGCUGUGGAGGCCAAAAAGCUGUUGGGCAGGAAAUCCUAUUCGGAUGCCUUGAAAGCACAACAAUUGAGUACUGCUUCUUCUAGUGCCCCUUCUGGUGGGGCUCCCCGGUGCCCCGCUGGUGGGGUUUUCCACACCCCCUCUAGUGGGACACCCCGUGCCCCCUCUGUUGGGGCUUCCCGUGCCCCACCUGGUGGGACCUCCCAUGCCCCCCCUGGUGGGGCCUCGCGUGGCCCCCCAGGUGGGGCUUCCCGUGGCCCCCCAGGUGGGGCUUCCCGUGCCCCUCCUGGUGGGGUUUCCCAUGUUGCAGAGACUCUGGUUAAGCCAGGGGACCCUGUUGAUUCUAGGGUUCAAACCAGAUCUCAGGAUGAUGACGACUUCUCUGUGUCAGGGACAUUGCCUGACAUUGAGCCCUCACCUGAUCCUGACGUUACAGUGCACCGGGGGAGAUGA